CUGUGGCUUCUUUGAGUUGUCCUUCACACCUUGGCUCUUCUCCACGAUUGAUCUAGUCCAUGUCGGUAACUUUGUUCGCACAAAGCCAUUCACUCCGAGAACAGCACGUCCAUUCCACCGAUAUCCUGCUUCGUUGAAGAAUUGGUUACUGCAUUGUUCACACUGAGGAUGUACGCCGACUCUGGAACACAUUGAUGUUACCCUCGAGUCACUGUCUGUGUUCAUCAUGGUUAGAUACAAGAACUUUUAUAUAAGGCAUAUGGUGCCAGUGAAGGAAGCAAACAACCAAGAUCUAUGAUUUUCUAUCGGAGCAACUUUAUGGAGAUUUUGCUUCUAUUUGAACAAUCUAUCAAGCAAAUUGAUGCGGCAGCCUUGUCUUGAUGUUCUUGUCUUCCACCAAGAAUUAAUCUCAUAGUGUUCAUAAUGGCACCCCAUCGUACAAACUACGACUCAGAUGAGGAGAUCGGGUAUAUGCCUCUACCUGACAUAUCAACCCGCCAGCUUGACCAGCUCACGGACCUGUUAUGGAUGGAUCCAGGAGUCAACAUAGCUGUGCCGGAUAAAGACUGGUUGCUAGACCAGCAAGCUCGUAUAGCUACACUCGACAAGUCAAACCGGCGUUCCACCAAACUUUUGGCCCGUCUUUCUGCCAAACUUGAAAGUCUGUCUUAUAGACUUGGAGCUGACGGUUCGCCAACAGCAUGUCUUUGCUGUGCUCAUUAUGGUCUCGAUCCUAAGUUGAUCCGGCGUCUUAUGCUCUUGAUCAUCGCCGAAUGCACUGAACGUAUCCAAACUGUGCGUACUUGGCGACAGCGUAUCGCUUAUCCCAGUGCUGUUAUCGCAUGGCUGGAUCGCAUCGAUGCCGUGACUGGACUUUGGAUCGGUCGUACAGCUUUCAAUGCCACUUUUGGCUACAAGCGUGUUUCGCCUACAAACCUAGUAGUCAAAAGCAAGUGCGAAGCUUGCAUUAUGUCGGUCAUUGGUGGUAGACCUCAGGUGCUUGGCGAUCUACGAGCGACAUUGACCACGCGACGGGAUCGCCACAUCGACCGAGGUGGUAAAGAUCCAAGACUUCUCCGACUUGUUGAGUCUUGGAUCUCACACCAGCAUGCUGAUUGUCGUAGGGCCAUUUACACCGGAAGUGCUGAGAUCAGCGAAGAACUUAGCAAUCUGAUUGACACCAUCAACUGCCUGAGAGAGGAACGUCCGGGAUCUCAAAUAUCUCGAUCUUCAUAUCGAUCAGGUAAUGGCCAUCCAUCUAGAGCAUAUGAAGAAGACGGUAGGUGCGGCCGUACUCGUGCUCGGCCAUCAUUUCAUGAACAGUCGCCUCGACCAAGCUACAGCAACGACAGCCAAGAGGAUAGAAGCUCAUUCCUUCGUCCAGAAUCAAGAUCAAGUCAAUCGAGUGCUCAGCUUCAAGAGGGCGAGCAAAAUUGGAUGGAUGAAGACGUGGAGUACCAGGCGUCACUAUGGAUGGAUUGUCAGAUGCAGCAACAAGGACUUACGGCCGAUGAACGACGACAGCUCUUUGAGGACGAUAUGCAUCCUGCCUUCAGCGACUAUGCAGAGAGUGUCAGGAACAUGUCUCUCAAUGAUCGACUGCAGAGGGACUAUGCGCCUGAACAGCACAAGAGAGCCUCGACUGCUACUGCCAAGAGACAAAGCAUUAUGUCAAAUGAACAGAGAGCCUCUACUCAUACUGCAAGGAGAACAAGCGUCGUGUCAAAUGAAUACAUGGAAACAUCAUCUGUCUACAGCAACCCAAGCGCCGUGCCACCUCCUCUUAGCUUCAGCAGAGGGCCUAGUCCACCUGAUACCACUGCCGGUAAUAGCCCUGCGGAAACUGAGUGGGUGCCAGUCUCGGUAUUUUCGCCUCAAGCAAGUGUUGCAGGGGGUUCAUCUCCUCGUCAAGACACUAUCGAGCCAACCAAGGGAAGCGGUCGAGAGUCUACCACAUACGCCGAAUAUCAAGCACAUUUAGACUUCUGUCGGAAAUACGGGUUCAAGACGGGUCUCCCAUCUGAAGAUGGGGAGCCAUCAACUCCUCGGCCGCUAUGGGCUAGGAGCCAACGAACUUCAGCUGCUCCAAAAAUUGUAGCGUCGAGCGUUUACUCUUCGCAUCCUGGGUUUAGACGCUCACAAGAGAACGUGGGUUCAUUGGCUCCAUCUAUAGCCAUUAAUGGUGGUCAAAAGGGUCAUCGAACAUCACGUAUGUCGACUCGGAGCCAGCCCAAGAAGAGUCUGUGGGAUCAGUUGCGAGAGGAUGGACGAAGACUGAUGGAGGAUAGUGAUGAGGAGUAGGUGGAGUUGAUACUUUAUAUAUGGAGUAUGGGGUUGAUGUUUUGAUGUUGGUUUGGAUAUACCCUGGGAAACAAACAUGUAGGAUACACAUGGCAGAGCUCUGCAAAUAUAAUUCCUUUUGUUU